AUGUACACUUAGUUCCAAAAUUAAGGAUAAUAAAAUUCCAAUAAGCUAAGAUUUAAUUGGAAAAUCAUUUUAAUCUUCCUACCAUUUGCUUUAGGAAUAGCAAUCUAUUUUUCCAUCACAAGUGGAUAACCAAAAAAUGACCCUGACUAAAUUAUAAAAAUUAAACAAUCUCACUCAAAAAUUCCAUAUUUCUACAUCUCUACCUAUGAAGAAUGUAAUAAAGAACUUACACUUAGUAUUGAUAAUUAUACUACUUCAUUUGAAUUACCAAAAUAAUAUCCAUUUGCAAAUACAAAAUGCGAAAGAUCUUAAAAAUUAAAAUAUACAUAUAAUUUAGACUAGACAUCAACAGAUGUUUUUUAACUCUAUAAAUAAGAUAAACAAAUAAUCCAAAUUAUCUAGAUUUCUUACUAUUAGGAAUUUUCUGAUGUUCUAUUUAAUCUCACUGAUCAAGUGAUUUUAGGAUAUGAAUAAGCUACUUUAAAUUGUCCUGCUUACUUUAUCAGAACUAAAAACAACUUAUUUUAUUCAUUUGUUAUAUAUACAUCAUCUAAAAUUAUCUCAUUUUAUUAAAAUUCACUUUUAUCAAUUAAAAUUUAUGGAGGAAGAAUAAAUAUUAAAUUCUUUCUUUAUGAUGAACCUGAAUAAAUUAUUAAAGCAUAUCAUUAAUAUAUAGGUGGUUACAAAUUAUUUCCAUUCUGGACUUUAGGCUACCAAUAUUAUGGACCAUGGAUAGAAUAAAAAGAUUUAGAAUAUUUAGAAUAGAAAUCAAUUCCUUUAGAAACUAUUUGGAUUGAUGAACAAAAAAAUCAUUAUUUACCAGAUAAUUACAGAAAAAUUAAAAUAACAACUCCCACAGUUAAUUUAAAGACUAUCGAUAAAAAAUAUUUAAUAAAGAAUUCAAAUAAAGAACCAUAUGAAGGUUGUGUAGAUGAUGAAAAAGUUAAUUAUAUUGAUUACAAUGUUUAAAAUACUAUUUAAAAGGAAACUUAAUUACAUCCAAUUUCUAUUUAUUCAGGAGUUUUAUUGAAGUCAUUUGUAAAUUAUUAAAUUAAUGAGAGUGGUAAUUGUGAUGAAAAAAAUAUUGGAAUAGCUGAGGAUGCUUUUCAUUUUAGCAAUAAAAAUCCUGUUUUAUUGGAAAAAAAAAUUACUGAAAAAUAUUUUAAACCACUAAAUACAUUUGCUCAAUCAAAAUAAUAUAGUGAACAUUCUAAUUAUGUAAAAUUAAUAAUGAGUGAAUCUGCUUUUUUUGGUUAAGGUUAAUUUAGUGGUUAGAUUAUAAAUUCUGUUGAUCUAGAAUAAACUAUAAGUUAUUUAAUUUAUAAUAACUUUUUUGGAUUACCAUACACAGGAACAUAUGGAUGUGAUUAAAGUUAAUCAUCUUUAUCAUGGUGUGCAAGAUGGUUAAGUAUUUAAGCUUGGAUGCCCUUAUUUAUGAGUUAAAGUUCAUCAUAAUUUCACUUUUCUAAUCACCCUGAAUAUUUUGAAUAAAUUCAUUUAGAAGUAAAAGCCAGAUAAUAGUUAAAUAAAUGGAUAUUUGCUUAAUUUUUGAAUAAUUAUGAUGAUAAAAUAAAUGCAUUCAGUGGAACAAUAAUAUAACCUAUAUGGUGGUUUAAUACUUCUGAUACUAAAGCAUAUAAAUAUGAAACUCGGGAAUUCCUUUUUGGACAAGUUUUUUUGAUUGCUCCAAUUAUUGAAGAUCCUGAAAAUGAAUAUAACACUGAAUAUGAUAUAUAUUUUCCUCAGGGAAGCUAAUGGAUGGAGACAAAAUAUGGAACAUUAUUUAGUGGAGGUACUUAAGUAGAUUUUAAAAUCUUAUCAAAUACAUAGACUCCAAGUUUUUAAAAAGCUGGGUAUAUUAUAAAUAAUAUUUUUAUUAGGUCAAUAGUUUUCAAAUAAUAUGAUAUAAAUUUAAAAAUGAAUGAAUUAAAUAAUAUCUAUUCAUUGUAUGUUGUUUUUGAUAGAUAAUAAAAUGAUGGAGAAGCAGAAGGGAUUAUGAUUACUCUCUAAGAUUUAAGUGAUGAAAAUGUUAAAAAGAAAUGUUUUGGAAAUGGUAAAAAUUGUUUAAUGAAAGUGAAAAUAAGAUAUGUCUUUGAUUAAGAAAAAUAUUCAGAACAUUACUUUAUUAAUUGUUAAGGAAUUAAUAAAGACACUGUUUUUGAGAAAGUACAAAUUAAUACACUUCAUCUGUAUCACUCAAAGUUACAUUUCUAAAAUCAAAUAACUUUGAAGAAUCCAAUAAUAGUGAAGGAGAGUUUCAAAUUUGAAUAUGAUUUAUCAUAAAAUAUUUAUUGA